CGGCGCCUUCCACCGCUACCGCCACCAUGGAAUCCAACAGGGACGAAGCGGAGCGUUGUAUUGUUAUCGGGGUAGCCGCCAUCAAGGCCAACCAGAUCGAGAAGGCCCGCCGUUUCUUGGAGAAGGCCCAGCGGCUGUACCCAUCUCAGCGGGUCGGCGCGCUGUUGGACUCACUCACCAAGAACAAACAAACAGCCGAUGACCAUUCGCAACCCAAGGAAUCUUCCAAUCUCGGCAGUCAGAAAAGGACCGAGGAUUUUGCUUCAGCCAAUGGAGAAGCCGGGGGUGAUACCAGCAAAGGUUACACUCAGGAUCAAGUGGGUGCUGUGAAGAGGGUGAAACAAUGUAAAGACUAUUAUGAAAUCCUGGGCGUCGGCAGGGAUGCCUCUGACGAGGAUCUGAAAAAGGCCUACCGGAAAUUAGCUCUAAAAUUUCAUCCUGAUAAAAAUCAUGCACCGGGUGCCACGGAAGCAUUUAAAGCCAUUGGGAAUGCCUACGCGGUCUUGAGCAAUCCAGAGAAAAGGAAGCAGUACGAUCAGUUUGGAGAUGCCAAAGUCAGCUCUACGCGACACGGUCAUGCAGACUUCAACCGAGGCUUUGAGGCAGAUAUUUCUCCAGAGGAUCUCUUCAAUAUGUUCUUUGGUGGUGGUUUUCCCUCUAGUAAGGUGGCCUUGGGCUAUUUGUCCAGCUGAUGCCUAUCCUCAUUCUCAUCAUUGUGUCUGCCCUCAGCCAGAUGAUGGUCUCCAGUCCACCUUACAGUUUGAGUCACAGACCGUCGGUGGGACACGUAUUUAAACGAACGACUGAGCAUUUGAAAGUGUCUUACUAUGUAGGUGACAGCUUUGCAGAAGAAUACACAGGCACGAAUCUUAAAAAUGUAGAGAGGAGCGUGGAAGAUGAUUAUAUUGCAAACCUCAGAAAUAACUGUUGGAAAGAAAAACAGCAGAAGGAAGGCUUACUUUACCGGGCCCGUUAUUUUGGUGAUUCAGAUCUGUAUCAGAGAGCACAGAAGAUGGGCACACCAAGCUGUACCAGGCUGUCUGAAGUUCAAGCAUCAAUGCAUGGAUAGCUGUGGCAGAAACAGUCCAUAGGGACCUAAAUCAUCAGAAAAUCAGGAGCAGUGGAGAAAGUUCUGGAAUUGCACUAGUCACUUCAGAGAGCAAGGGAGGAACUGGAAGAGCUAGAAAUUAAAAACAAAAUUAAUUUUGAGAGACACUACUUAGAAUUGAACUCACCAUUGUAAAUAUGUUGUACUUCUAAACUAUGCAGGGAUAGAAUUAAAUUAUUUCUUUUCUUUUCUUUUCUUUUUCUUUCUUUUUUUUAUUUUGCUGAAACUUCAUAAUUUACUAUCUCUGAAUUCUAGCUUCUUUUUCCCCUGCCUGGGCCUUCCUUCCCUUUUCUGGCCCAAUGUCCUGUUUUCUAUCAACGGCAAUCUUAUCUGACAAUACAAAUGUUUUAUAUUUUAUAAUGGCUUGGACUUCCUGGGGGAAAACGAAAGUAAAACUCACAAACUCUGAAACUUGUUUCCUUUUUUUAAAAUGUGAAAUACUGAGCCCAAUAGAUUAUAUUUUCUACGGACACGUUUCGGCCCCGUUUUGGAUUUGCAACGUAUGGCGGCUUUUGCUCAACGACUCGUUCUUCCUAAUAAAUGGAAAACAAAUUGUCCUCAUAACAAUCUUCAGUUCACCAGGAUGGCUUUUGCUGUGUGGACUUUUUUUUAAAAAAUAAUUCUGUUAGGUUUUGCAGACUUUUUAUUUCUUUUUAUUUCUUUUGCCUUGCAAUCAGGGUUCAUUUUGCUACCCAGAGAUGUGCUAUUGUUUUGUUUUUUUCCCAAGAGAUAUCCCCUUCUCCCUUUUCCAUUGCUCCCCAAUCUGAUUUCCUCUUGCUCUAUAAAAUAGUUUUUAUUUAACAAAUUUGUUGCCGGUAAUUUCAUUCCAGGAACCUGCUGUGCGCUGGCGUGGGUUACCAAGCAGUGAUGUAGCUACGUACUUUUCCAUUAUGGUGAGACUUGGAUGGCCCUUCUCUAUAGAGCAGGGGCAUCCAUGCUUGGCAACUUUAAGAUUUGUGGACUUCAACACCCAGAAUUCCCCAGGCUGGUUAAGGAAUUCUGGGAGUUGAAGUCCACAAGUCUUAAAAGUUGCCAAAUGUGGAGACCCUGCCUUCUCUAGAAUAAGGAAAGGCUGUGCAGCAACAAUGCUUGUAGACUGGGUGAGGAUCUUCCUCAGGAGAAUGGGACUCCGAUGUCCUCUUCCUCAGGAGAGCAGCCAUCCUUGUUUCAAUGAGUUUUUGCUACUUUCCAUUAUUUAAGCAACUGAAAAAAGACAAAGAAUAAUUCUUUAUUACUUGACUGGGCUGUGAAGUCCAACUUUUGUUUGGAAAAAAAAAAAAGCUACUUAAUGCCAGACUUUUUUUUUUAUCUUUGAAGUCCAUACAAUGCUGUCAGAAGAGCCUUAAAAGAAGUUACUUCAAAGAGCUGAGCUAUUCGCCAGAGUUAACAGCUAAUGCUCCAAGUUCCAAUAAGCCUCAUCAUCUUGAAUUAGCAGUAAUCUGAAGAUGCUUCCACCCCUGCAAGAGGUUUUGUGUUUUCAUUAGUCCAAAAAAAAAAAAAAAAGGAUUCAUUUUGCAGGCAUGGAUCAACUCCUACCAUCAAAGCAAGUCAGCCCUCAGGAUCAGGGUAAUACGUUAAGAAAAUGGCUUAGUUAUGCCAAGGAAAUAGCAUCGCCCUUCAUUACUUCACACUGGAACCUUCUUUACGUUGCUGUUAGUUUUGUCCAGAAGCCUUUAUAUUAUUUUGUUGGCGAACAUCCCUCUGUUCAGAAUUGUUGGAGUACCAAAUAAGAGCUGAUGGAUUAGGGGCGGUCUAAUAAUUGUGUUAUUUCUUUGGCAUCGACAAAUGGAUCUUGAUUUGAACUGAGUUGCUGGGUUCCGUUUUUCCUGUCAUAAGCGGCCAUCUUGAUGGACAGAUCUACUCCAUUUGUCUGCGGUCCCAAGGAGAAGCCUCCACCCUCCGCUGUCCCUGGAGAACGGAUCGUGGCUUAAAACUUCAGCCCUCCUGAUUAACAUUCAGUGAUCCCUCCGGUCAUUUUGAAGGAUCACUUGUCCAGCUGCGCGGCGCAAAAUUACCAGCUUGUGAGAUGGCAGGAGCCCCAGGCCAUAACAAAUCAGAUCUUUUUUUUGAUUUUCUUAAGUAGAUAGCUGGGGAUGAAUGAGCAACGUGCAAUAACAAGCAUAGGUCUUGAAAGAUAUUGAAGAAGGCUGUAUUUCUUAAUUAUAUAAUUGUACAUCUAUAAAUAAAGAUUUAUAACAGGAAA